AUGCUUGACGACAAUACCGCUGCUGCCGAUGAUGAUGAUGGUGGUGGUCGUCGUCGUGAUGACGGCAAUGCAUCCAACCAUGUCAAACGUUGGCGAAUAGCCGCCAAUAACGAAUCGACAUUGAUGACUGACAGUAACAGCUGUUUAGACGUUAUGCCACCUGCCACAAACGAUUCAGAUUCAAUGUUUGCCUCAACCUCGUCAGCAGCAGCUGCAGGUGUGGCAAGACAUCAUUGCACUAGUCAAAAUUACAAAAUGAUGCCGUCAUGCAACAUGGAACACCAGCAUCCACAGCAGCAACAGCAUCAUCAUCACCAUUCACAUAAUCAUCAGUGUGGAGGAGUAGGAGGACAUCAUCAGCAGGCUAUGUCUCAACAGCAUCAUUUGCAUCACCAUAAUCAUAUGCCACCGCAGCAGCAGCAACAUCACCACCAUCAUCAUCAGCAUCAACAACAGCGACCACAACCUGUGAUAACAAACUGUUAUAACAACAACAACAGUAGCAACAACAAUAUGAUAGCCAUGGAAAAUGGCAGCAGGCCAUGGUGCAAAGAUAAUGGAAUAAUGUCCAGUGCACCACAUCAACAACAUCAUGAACAUGGAAAUGGAGCGGUUCCAUGGUCAUCACAGCUAAAUACAAAAACAAUGUCCGAUGGAAAUAUGUGUCCACAUCAACAUCAUCACCGACAGGACCAACAACAGCAGCAGCAUCAUCAUCAUCACCAGCAACAGCAUCACCAUUGUUCAGAAUUUAAUAACAAUGAUGACCAGAAACCAUGUCUCUUCAAGGACGAGCUAAAUGAGUUUCUCCAGCAUCAAAAUGAAAUGGUGCACAAUUCCAUGGUGGAUAGCCACCAACAUCCACAUCAUCAUCAUCUCCACCAUAGUCAUGAUUAUGAUCAUAGUGAGGAUGACGGAGAUGAUGAUGUUGAGGGGGAAGGGGAUGAAGAAGACCCAGAGGACGAAGAUGAUGGUCAGGUUAGUGCUUUGAAUGAAGUGGAUAAUGAUUUUGGACAUGGUGGACAUGAUGAUGGACAUCAUAUGGAAGAUACAAACGAUGAUGAUGAUGCGGAGGAAGACGACGAUGAUGAUCACGGAACCCAUGGAUUGUUGCAUUUAAAAUCUACUCAGCAAUGUUUAGAUUUCCUGCAAGGAGAUUUGGGUAUGGAUCUUGGAAUGGGAGAGGAACAACAUCAUCAUAAUGAGGAUGGUGGUAUGCAAAUAAAAUCGGAAGAAUGUCCGGAACCUCCGGAGGAAUCAAAUGCUGCGGAAGAUAAUGAGGAUAUUCUCAAACAAAUGGAAGGUGAUAAUGAAGAAGACGACGAUGAUGAUAAUGAAGACGAGGGAGAAGGGGAAGGAGAUGAGGAUGAUGAAGAGGACGACGACGAAGAGGAAGAUGAAAAUCAUGAAGAAUUGGGUGAUGCAAUGGCCAGCCAUAUGCAACAACCCAUGGAACAGACUGUGAUUGAACCACAACACUCAGUGGAAACUUCAAAUGAAACGAGGCUUUUAAACAAUCCAUCCUCAAAUGGAGCAGGAGGAUUCUAUCACCAAGAAAAUAAACAAACGGAAAUCGCGAUGACAAAUAUACCACGCUUAUCAGCAAUCUCUCUCAGCUAUGACAUCAAAUCGAAUCAAAAUCAAACCUUGGCCACUGUAAAUAUCCCUCAACCCCAGCAGAGUCCGUUAAUGCCUUGCCCCAACACCAAGGCAGCAAUUAAAUUUGUACCCACUGCCCAAGAAUCUCCGGUGUCAUCAAGCACUGUGGGUGGCCCCAGAUCCACCCCAGAUCUGCAACGAGCCACAAAGGAGGCCCAUAAGAAACCCGAACAAGUUGGUGCCAUUUCAACCAGCAAUGAAAGUCCUCGAUCUUGUACACCCUCACCGGCCUCCAACAUGGAUGUGAAUAAUAGCUCAAAGCCGAAUGUUUUAUCGAAUAGGACCACAUCAUCACCCAUGCCCUCGCCAAGGCCACAAAGUGCGGGGAAACAAUCCCAGCAACAUAACAAACAACAACAGCAGUUACAACAAGUUAAGCUGCAAACUUGUCAAAAGAGUCCAGUGCGGAUUGUGCGGCAAGUAAAAAGUGCUAAUCAAAUACAAGUGUCCCAACAACAACAGCAGCAACAAAGAAUUUUCAAUAGCAACAAUAAUCGUGCCACCCUUACAACGAUUGCUGGCAAUCGUGGAAUGGCUACAACAACUACAAGCACCGCAUCUGCGGCUGGACAACGAAAUGUUGUCACUAAUCCCACAACGCCUGUCAUGGCCCAAAGAUUACACACCACAAUGCAAAAGUUUGCCACCAACAACAAUAACAAUAACAACAACGCCUCAACAGCUAAUACAACCAACAGCACCACAACGACCAUACCUCUUGGUCAAUUGCAGCUACAACCUUUGCUGCGAACCGCAAACGACAAUGGCGGAAACUCACAAAUUAUUAUGACAUCGACAGGGCAAAUUAUUGUUAUGCCCUCCUCAUCGAAUAACAAGACACAUUUGCAAACUGUAGCCCAACAACAACCACAUGGCAAUGCGACUGGUGCGCCUUCACAAACUCCAACACCAACUACCAAUUUAAUUAUUCAACAAAGCGGCGAUGUUCUAAACAAUGCCGGACAAUUAACGGCCACGUUACAGCAGCAACCAAAUGGUAGCUACAUUGUUAGCCAGCCAGCUGCAGCAACGGCGGCAAACAAUGGCGCCCAACUACAACCCACAACGGUUAUUCUCAAUCCAGGACAAAAUAUUUUGGCAGGCAAUGCGGCCAAAGUGUUAACGGCCACCGCCAAUCCGUCGACAAACAUAAUUCAUGCCACCGGAACCCAAUCCAUUCUAACAGCCGGAAAUCAAUUGAUCACAGCUCAAACGGCCGGAAAUGCCACCAAUGUUUUGGGACAACAAACAGUUGUGCUAAAUCCUCUACCAAAUGGCGGCUAUGUCAUACAACCACAACAAACCCAAACAGCGGCACCGGCGGCACAACCAACCCAACAAUUCGCCACCUUGGACGGUCAGGUUGUCUCUCAGAUUCUGCAACAACCUGAUGGUACUCAGCGUAUUAUUAUAUCCUCUCCGGCGGAUCUUAAGAGACGUCCCAAGAAACGUAAAAAUUCCCCCACACCCACUCAAAUUUCCAAUCAAACAGCUACUAUCAUACAACCCCACACGUUGAACAUACAAACGGCUGCAGCUGCCCAACAACAUGCUGCACCACAACCUCAAGUUGUACAACUUACUGCGGCAACACCAGCCCCCGCCACAGCUCCAACGGCCAAUCCCUUUCCCCAACAAUUCCAACUAGGCUCCACCGGCCUGCAAGGCAUUGUGGUGAGUAAACCUGCAACUGCCACCACCAACACGCCUCAGCCCCAACAGAUCAUACUACAAAAUGGUCAAAUCAUACAACCCAUGAAUCUAAUAGGUCAACAGUUGAUCUUGCCCACAACUGGUUUAGUAAUGGGACCCGACUCCACUCUUCUGCAAAUACAAAAUGUCAAUGGCUGUGCUCCCACGGCCAAUAUUCUAACGGCGGCAGCACCACAAGCCACAACAACCAUGAUGUUGCGUGCCACUUCUCCGCAAACCAGUAAAUCGUUCAUCUCCUCAACGGCUACUGGACAACAGUUUAUUGUGGGCAGUAAUGGCCAACUAAGCCCCAUUGGACAAAUCUACAGCACACCAAUGGGUCUGAUGAUGCCGGCGACAACGCAACACCAUACAACAACACCAACAGCUACCUUUGUACAACACAAUGGUACAACUAUACAACUGCAUCACCACCAUCAUCAGCAACAGCAGCACCAUCCUCAUCCACAACAACAUCAUCAUCAGCAUCCUGCUACGGCUCAUCAAUUGAAUGCCACCACAACCACUACCCAACAUCAGGUUACAUUGCAGGCACUGCAGGCAACGACGCAUCAACAGAAUUUAAAUCAUGUCAUCAAUAAUCCAGUGGGUAUUGUUUUGGAAACGGCUGCCUCUUCGACAACAUCACCCAAUAUGCAAACAUCUAGCUCACGUUCAUCGGCCGGCAGUCCACCCGAUACGACAACGCAUAGUCCAAGGAGUCCAGAAAGGCCACCAAGUCAUCGUAGCGGUGGCAGUGAUAUGGUUCAAUGCGUGUCAUCGUCAGAACCCGAUGGUGGUAAUGUUUCACCCAUGAGCAGCGAUAGUCGACAAUCGCCAUCGACAACGGUAUGCGACAAAGGUAUUGUUAUGUCAACCGCAUAUCAACAAAAUGCCAGUAUUUUUAAGCCCUCGGAGGCGAAGAUACGCCGCGUACAAACACCACCACAAUAUCAUGUGAUUGCAGCAGCACCACCACCUGGAGGUGGGGUUACGGGUGCCACAACAACUGUAACAGCCAGUACAACAAAUAUUGCGGGUCUAACGAAUUUGACGCUACACCAACACACGACGACAACAACAACAACUAAUAAUAAUUCACAGACAUUACAACAAAAACAUAUGGAUAUAAAACCAGAUACACAUGAUUCGCCACAGAAUUCUCCCACUACAACGGUUAUGCUAACACCGCCACCACCACGAACCCCAACGCCCUCGCAGCAGCAAAUACUACAACAGCAUCAGCAGCACCAGCAAUUGCAACAAUACCACCAACAACAGCAGAACUUUUUACAAAACUCUUCAACGAUUUCCGUUUCCGAGAAUCGUCCACAACAACACCAACAGCAGCAACACAGCCAUAAAACUCCAACCAAACAAACUUCUCAACGCAAUCGUAAUCGUUCAUUGAAACCAUUAUCACCACUCCUAACCACUACCACCACACACACAAAGGUAGCUGGUGCUGAUGCAGAGGAAGCUAGCCAGGCUACUACGGGUGGUGGUACUGCAGCAGCAGGUGGAGUUGGUGUACCCAUAUCACCAUCUUCAUCCUCAACACCACCAUUGGCCAUGAGUCUGAUGCGUACAUUUGCCGUCGGUGAAUUAAUAUGGGGACCAGCUCGAGGUUUUCCCGCGUGGCCUGGUAAAGUGGUAAAAAUUCCCGAUAAUCAACAGGAAUCGGUAUGGGUUCAAUGGUUCGGUGGUGGUGGCCGUUCAAAUACAGAAAUAAUGCCAACAAAUUUGUUGCAAAGUCUAUCUGAGGGUUUGGAGGCCCACCACAGGGCCCAAAAGGAUACAAGAAAGAGCCGUAAAUUAAAUUCUCAACUUGAAAAAGCCAUACAAGAAGCAAUGACCGAAUUGGAUCGUAUUUCAGCUACAUCCAGUACAAAUAGCAGCAACAACAACAAACAACAACCGACAUCAUCUACGCAACAUCAAAAUAGUCCAAAUCGUGCAAAUAAACGUCCGAUACCAAGAACCGGUGGCUAUGAUCUAAUUGCAGGCCUUGUCAGCCAAAACACAUACCACAAUAACACACACAAUUAUACAUCAUCCAAUACAAUAUCAACAACAACAGGAUCAACAAAUCGUACUAAACCAAUACGUAUAGCACCGGCACCACCGCCCCCGAAUAGUAGUAGCGGUUCCUCGCCAAUGAAAUCGACAACAACAUUAGUAGGUGGAACAUCAUCCACUGUAACUUCGGCUAGUAGUGGUGCUUCAGCCACCGCAAAUAAAUGA